GGAGGGGCGGCCCGUGACCUCUGAGCGCCACACUCAACAUGGCCGACACACCCCUCACACACCCCCAGCCCCGCCCCGCUUUCCUCACUUCCCAUUGGUGGGGCGCGCUGUCAGUCUGCGAUUUUAGCCAAUCAGCGCGCGCGGAGAGGCCCGGCGGGCGGGGCCGCGGCCUGCGGCGGUUGUGCGGGAUGAGGCGGCUGUGCCCGCGCCUGGGCCCGAGCGCGCUGCUCUGGGCCGCGCGGGGGCCGCGGCGCCUCUCGUUGGGCGCUGCCCCGGGCAUGGAGGAGCUGCUGCGCCGCUCGGUGCCGCCGCUGCCGCCCUACGAGACCAAGGAGAAAGCGCCGCCGCCCGCCGAGCUGCUCGGCGCGGAGUUCGUGCGGUUCUACCGCGGGCUGCAGCCCGGGCCGCCCCGCGCCGAGCUCCUCACCCGCCUGGCCCGCGACUUCGGCGUGGAGCACGGGCGGGUGGCCGAGGCCGCCGCCAAGGUGCUGCAGGCCCGCGAGCAGCGCAGGGAGCCCGGGGCGCUGCUGCAGGCCGAGGACCGGCUCCGCUACUACCUGACCCCCCAGUACCGCGGGCUCUUCCAGCACCUGGGCCGGCUCGAGGGCGGGCUGCGCUUCCUCGUGGAGCUCAGGGCCGACCUGGUGGAGGGGCUGGCCAGCAAGGCGGUGGAUGGGCCCCACGUCAAGGAGAUGAACGGAGUCCUCAGGAACCUGCUCUCCGAGUGGUUCUGCACAGGGUUCCUCACCCUGGAGCGCGUCACGUGGCAGUCGCCUUGUGAGGUGCUGCAGAAAAUCAGUGAUUCUGAAGCUGUGCACCCUGUCAGGAACUGGGUUGAUAUGAAGCGCCGAGUGGGGGCUUACAGAAGGUGCUACUUCUUCUCUCACUGUGCCAUCCCAGGGGAGCCACUGAUUGUCCUGCACGUGGCACUCACCAGUGACAUCUCCAGCAGCAUCCAGGCCAUAGUGAAAGAAGUGCCGCCUUUAGAGACAGAAGAUGCAGACAAAAUCACCACAGCAAUUUUCUACUCCAUCAGUUUGACUGAGCAGGGCCUGCAGGGGGUGGAACUCGGGACUCACCUCAUCAAAAGAGUUGUCAAAGAGCUGCAGAAAGAACUUCCUCAGAUAAAAGCUUUUUCCACACUUUCCCCUAUCCCCGGAUUCACCAAAUGGCUCGUCGGCCUCCUCUCCUCCCAGUCAAAGGAGCAGGGAAGGAAUGAACUUUUUACAGAACGUGAAUGGCAGGAGAUCUCCGAGAUCACAGGAGACUCCACCAGCGAAACGCUGAAGAAGCUGCUGAACACCAACGAGUGGGUGAGGUCAGCAAAGCUGGCCGGGCUGCUGCAGCCCGCCCUGAUGAGGCUCUGUGCCUGGUACCUGUACGGGGAGAAGCACCGAGGCUACGCCCUCAACCCCGUGGCCAAUUUCCACCUGCAGAACGGCUCGGUGCUCUGGAGGAUCAACUGGAUGGGGGACACGAGCCCGCGCGGCAUCGGCGCCUCGUGCGGCAUGAUGGUCAACUACAGGUAUUUCCUGGAGGACACGGCCUCCAACAGCGCCCUGUACCUGGCCUCCAAGCAGGUCAGGGCCUCCGAGCAGGUGCUGGCCUUGGUGGCCCAGUUCCAGCAGAACAGCAAGCUGUGAUUAGCCAGCAUGAAUGCUCUGAAUGAGUGUUGCUCGCUGUGGAGAGCUGGCAUCACCUGCAGUGUCUUUAUUUAAAUAGAAUGUACCUCGUAGGACAGAUGUGCUCAGAUUUCCCUGGGUUAUCUGGCUCUUUUGUGGCUGUGUGCUCCACCUGGUCCUGCACACACAACCUCUGCUGUGUGCAGAGGGGCUGGAGUUGUGUCAAUGGAGAAUAAAAUCCUCAUCAAUCACGGCCCAGGGGUCACUUGAAUGGAAAAUACCUGAGCCAAUUCUGUUGGUGAUAAAUUGUCUAAGCUGUCUGUGAAAGGAGCUGCACUUCUCUGUCAAAAUGCUGCUAUACGUUGUUCAGAACCAAGGUACCUGGAAUAAAGGUAAAUUUGGGUUCAAAUAUAUUAUCAAAACAGCAAUCUGCAGUUUUAUUUCCAUCAUAUCUUUCUUUUGCACCCUCAGAAAAACCUCAAGUAAAACUUGCUGGUAUUUUCCUUCUUCAAACUAAAACUCACUGAAUCUUUGCUUUGUUGGAGCGUGGAAAAGCCUUGCACUAAUGCUGAAAAAUGAAGAUCUCAGCACAGCACCUAUGUAAUGAUAUAUUUGCAUGUUUUGGCUGCUCAAAUUUAAUGAGCAAUAUGGAAAUGUUCAAAUAGGAGAGAAGAAGCCAGGCUGUUACUUGGGAGUCAAGUGAGGAGUUUCUAAACAUGUGUAUUAUACUUUGGCUCUGGUAAUGUUUUAAGUUCAUAAAGGGCUUUUUUAAUAAAGAGCUAGGUGUGAUUUUUAAACCAAUAAAACAAACUUUCUCAAUAAAUCCUGGUU